UGCGGCUGCUCGCCGAUCCCGGGUCGGAGGCGAAAGGCGGCUGCAGGCGAGGCUGAGAGAUGGCGGCGGCGGCGGCGGAAGCGCGCCGGGUCCUCGUGUAUGGCGGCCAGGGCGCCCUGGGCUCCCAAUGCGUGCGCUACUUCCGAGGGAAGAACUGGUGGGUGGCCAGCAUUGACUUGGGAGAAAACGAUGAAGCGAGUGCCAAUGUUGUUGUGAAAAUGAGCGAUUCCUUCGUUGAACAAGCAGAUCAGGUGACAGAAGAUGUUGGAAAACUCCUGGGCGAAGAAAAAGUCGAUGCUAUACUUUGUGUUGCCGGUGGAUGGGCUGGAGGCAGCGCGAAAGCAAAAUCUUUAUACAAAAAUACUGACCUGAUGUGGAAACAAAGUGUUUGGACGUCAACGAUCUCUAGCCAUUUGGCCACCAAGCACCUGAAGGAAGGGGGCUUGUUGACCCUAACAGGGGCCAAAGCGGCAUUAGCUGGAACUCCAGGAAUGAUAGGCUAUGGCAUGGCCAAAGGAGCAGUCCACCAGCUUUGCCAGAGCCUCUCGGGUACAAACAGUGGGUUGCCACCAGGGUCUGCUGCGGUUGCCAUUCUCCCUGUUACCUUGGAUACACCAAUGAACAGGAAAUCUAUGCCUGAUGCGGAUGUUGGCUCCUGGACACCGUUAGAUUUCAUUGCCGAAACCUUUUAUGACUGGAUCACUGGGAAAAACCGUCCAUGUUCUGGGAGUCUGAUCCAGGUUGUAACCACAGGAGGAAAGACGGAGCUGUCUGCUUCUCAUCUCUGAGCGGUCAUAAGUGCAAACAGCAGUGAAGUUGAGAUGCAAAGUGUGUAGUUUGUGUGGUCUUCUCUUUCUGCCAGUUAAAUGGUCUUAUUUGUCGAGCAAGACCUGAGGUCCUAUUUGUGUUGCUUGAUGUUAGCCAGGUGCACUUAAAAAUUAUCCAAAGGUACAAAGCGUCUUAUGAAUCAGGGCUGUGAAUUUCAAGAUUCACUAAUGGCCUCACUGCAGCAUUUUCUACAGAAUUAUGCCGAGUCUCAAGAAAAGCAAACAGUUGAGCCGUAAAACUGUGUUUUAAUUCUAUGAAAUGCAUAUAUGUCACUGUUGUGGAAGUUCUACCGCCUUGGGGUUUCCGCCCCACACUUUGAGUUGUCAUUGUGAAUGCUGCCUGGGUAGUCAUUACCUCAGGUGUAAAAUUAUGAACUGUCACAUUAAGACAGACCAAACAUGCAGUCUUGCUAUCUCUCCUCCGGGAUGUUGUGUGAUAAAUCAAGAAGAUUCAUUGAAACCUGUGGGACAGAACGUACAAUUGACAGUGUUAGUUGUAAACUGUACCCCACAGCAAGCUGUUGUCUGUGUUGCAGGAGGCGGCUGUGUUGAAAUGCUCCUCUACCUGAACAGACUUCUCACUAGACAAUACACGUACAACACAGGUGUGCGCAGAGCUUUUCCCUCGAGAAAACAUCCCGCCAUUUAUCCCCCACUCUCAACUGCACACCAGGAAGCCUGCCGAGGGGGCUGUUUGCAAGAGACAAGGUUUAAAGAGGAAACAUUAUUUUGCCUUAAAAGCUAUUCAGCACAGUCAGCACAGUUCAGACCUUCUCUGAAAGGGAGCCAGACCACCAAGGCUAUGGAGAAGAUUUUUUGGGGGUGGGGGUGGGGUGGGGUAGGUAAUAGGUUGUUGUCCAAAGCCUUAUUGUACAAAGAGACGUAGCUGGAUGUUUGCUUCUGCAGCAACAUCACCUUCAAUCAGCUGUGAGCACCAACCAGCAAACCGCUUCAUUGCUUCUCAUGCAAAUCAUGCCUUUAUAAAUUUCAUACAGUGAUUUAUAAAAGUGCUCUAAAAUUGUCCCAGUUCUGGAUAUUGCCAUAUAUUGAAUUUUGUCCUCAAUAAACUUCUUGUUUAGAAGCCCUCAAGUUG